AUGCUGUCUCUGCAGAAAUCCACUGGUUCUGUGAUGGCUGUGUGUUUCAGAGAUGGACCUGAGACGGAGUACAAGACUCUGAUUGAAUAUUUUUCAGCGUAUUCGCACUCCUUGGCAAGCCGUCUGUUCAAGGAAGUUCAGAAGGAAAGAGACUCCAGUGGAACUCUCCAAGGGGAAAGAGUUCAGACAAUAACAACAGUGUUUCAGAUGUUCAAAAAAGGAUGA